AUGGCAGAGGGAGCUGGUUCCGGCGGCAUUGACCGCAAGGCUGAUGAGCGCAUGGAGUUCACCACCUCCAAGGAGGUUACCGUCCACCCUACCUUUGAGGCCAUGUCCCUGAAGGAGAAUCUCCUCCGAGGUAUCUAUGCGUACGGCUACGAGACGCCCUCUGCAGUCCAGUCUCGAGCAAUCGUCCAGAUUUGCAAAGGUCGCGAUACUAUCGCCCAGGCCCAAUCCGGUACGGGUAAAACGGCGACUUUCUCGAUCAGUAUGCUUCAGGUCAUCGAUACCGCCGUUCGCGAAACUCAGGCUCUCGUCCUCUCCCCGACACGCGAACUUGCCACCCAGAUCCAGUCCGUCGUCAUGGCCCUUGGCGACUACAUGAACGUGCAGUGCCAUGCCUGCAUCGGCGGUACCAACGUUGGCGAAGAUAUCCGGAAGCUCGACUACGGCCAGCACAUCGUUUCUGGGACCCCCGGUCGCGUCGCCGACAUGAUUCGCCGCCGUCAUCUUCGUACGCGCCACAUCAAGAUGCUCGUCCUUGACGAGGCAGACGAGCUCCUUAACCGUGGCUUCCGCGAACAGAUCUACGACGUCUACCGCUAUCUCCCUCCCGCCACUCAGGUCGUGGUAGUCAGCGCCACACUUCCUUACGAUGUGCUCGACAUGACGACCAAGUUCAUGACGGAUCCCGUUCGUAUCCUGGUCAAGCGUGACGAGUUGACCCUUGAGGGCUUGAAGCAAUAUUUCAUCGCCGUCGAGAAGGAGGACUGGAAGUUUGAUACCCUUUGCGAUCUCUACGAUACCCUUACCAUCACGCAGGCCGUCAUCUUCUGCAACACGCGCCGCAAGGUCGAUUGGCUGACGGAGAAGAUGCGCGAAGCCAACUUCACCGUUAGCAGCAUGCACGGAGAGAUGCCUCAAAAGGAACGUGACAGUAUUAUGAACGAUUUCAGACGCGGAGACAGUAGGGUGCUGAUUUCGACCGACGUUUGGGCGCGUGGUAUCGAUGUCCAGCAGGUCAGUUUGGUUAUCAACUAUGACUUGCCGAGCAAUCGAGAGAACUACAUCCAUCGUAUUGGUCGUAGCGGUCGGUUCGGUCGCAAGGGUGUUGCUAUCAACUUUGUUACUACCGAAGAUGUUAGGAUCCUUCGCGACAUUGAGUUGUACUACUCCACCCAGAUCGAUGAGAUGCCAAUGAACGUCGCAGACCUCAUCGCAUAA